ACAGACUGUCUGCUGAUGCUGGUUUACAAGGACAGGUGUGAACGCACUAAGGGCCUGCGGGAGCGCAGCAGUCUCACCCUGGAGGACAUCUGUGGCCUGGAACCUGCCCUGCCCUAUGAGGGCCUGGCCCACACUCUGGCCAUCAUCUGCCUGUCCCAGGCUGUCAUGCUGGGCUUCGAUAGCCACGAGGCCAUGUGUGCCUGGGACACCCGUAUCCGCUAUGCACUGGGCGAGGUGCAUAGGUUCCAUGUGACGGUAGCUCCUGGCACCAAGCUGGAGAGUGGUCCAGCCACUCUCCACCUCUGCAAUGACAUCCUCGUCCUGGCCAGAGACAUCCCUCCAGCCGUCAUGGGGCAGUGGAAGCUGUCUGAUCUCCGUCGCUACGGGGCUGUGCCAAAUGGAUUCAUCUUCGAAGGCGGGACCAGGUGUGGGUACUGGGCUGGAGUCUUCUUCUUGUCCUCAGCUGAGGGAGAGCAGAUCAGCUUUCUGUUUGACUGCAUUGUCCGAGGCAUCUCCCCGACCAAAGGCCCGUUUGGGCUUCGGCCAGUUCUCCCAGACCCGAGCCCUGGGGGGCCCUCAGCCUCAGAGGAGCGUGUUGCCCAGGAAGCUCUGGAAGCCCUGCAGCUGGAGAAGCGGCUUAGCCUGCUUUCACACUCUGGCCAGCCAGGCAGUGGAGGGGAUGAUCGAAGCCUAUCCAGUUCUUCUUCCGAGGCCAGCCACUCAGACGUCAGUGCCAGCAGCCGGCUCACUGCGUGGCCAGAACAGUCCUCAUCCUCAGCCAGUACAUCACAGGAAGGGCCAGGGCUGGUGGCUGCCCAGGGUCCAGGAGAAGCCAUGCUGGGAGCCUCCAGGCCACCCCUCAAGCCACUGCGGCCUCGGCAGUUGCAGGAGGUUGGCCGCCAGAGUUCCUCUGACAGUGGCAUCGCCACGGGAAGCCACUCCUCCUACUCUGGCAGCUUCUCCUCCUAUGCUGGCAGCAGCCUGGACGUGUGGCGGGCUGGAGAGGAGUUUGGUUCUCUACUUAGCCUGCCUUCUGGAGCCAGUGCACCUGAGCCCAAACUGUGUGCCUGCCCACCUGGGGUGGCCGAAUACCAGGUGCCCACCUCGUUAAGACACCACUAUGACACACCUCGAAGCCUGCGCCAGGCCCCCAGAGACCCAAGCCCAGCCUCUCAAGGCAGCUCUGACCACGGUUCGGCCACGGACUUGGGUGGUCAGCCACCGAUGGGGUGUCCCUCCAGUUGCCUGGGAGCUCGACGACGGGGACAGGCAACAGAAGGCCCAGGCAGUGAAGCCACGCGGCCCAGUCCGUCCCCUGGCGAGUCCUGGGAAGCAGGCAACCCCCAUGCAGGGCCGCCUCCGGCUUUCUUUUUGUCAUGUUCAGUCUGUGGCGGACUCAAGGUCAUGGCUUCAUCACCCACGGGACUCACUGUGACAUAUCCAGGAUCUCCAGGGCCCACGGUUGCUGACAGCCCAAGGUCGGAACGACCACGCGGUGAGAUGCCCACGUAUGUGAACAUCCCCGUCAGCCCCUCCUCCCGACUGCAGCUGCACUACUUGGGCCUGGAGUUCCCAGGGGCCAGUGGGAGUGUGCGAGGUGAGCUCCCACAGGGAAGCCUCAGAGGGGCCAGCUCCUCCCGCUAUGCCCAGAUUGACAUCGCAGCUACAGAGACAGCACAUCGUGUGGGGGUCCGGCAUGCGCAGACUCGGGAGGAACGAUUGCCAGAGUUGGAGCAGCGGAAGAAAGGGCCCUGAAGCUGUAGCUCAGGUUGGGGCUGGCUGGGCACCUAGCCAGCUGGAUUGUCUGAUGUGGCCCGGCAGGCCAUCCCCUUUUGUGGAUAAUGGCCUUUGUGGCUGGGGGCCCUGGCCUGUCUGUGUACUCUGGUUGUCAGUGAUUGACGCUGAAUCUUGGCCUCCUGCUGCAGUGGAGGCUGUGGUGGGUUUUGUGUGUUGGAAUGAGCGGUCAGAGGUUCUGGUUCCAUAACGUAUCAGCUCAUUCCAAUGUGUGAAAGCCGUGUAGCAGCCUCCUCUCUGCCAUCAGGGCCUCUUGCCUCAUUGGUACCCAAGACCGACCCUUCUUCUUUUGGCCUGAACAAGUUCUGCUAGGCCAUGGGGGUUCCAAGGGACCUAUCUCCAGGUAGCCUCAGUCUGUGCUAACAAUACAACAAACAACACAGCUACAGCUGGCCGGUGGAGACUGGGAACAGUCCCCCAGGCCUGGAGUGCCAGCUGCACUAGCCAUCCCAGAUGACAGCUUGUACUAGCAGAGUGCUCUGAACUAGCUCUGUACUGCAGAGGGAUGCAACUGCUGUACCACUGACGGGCUCUGCUGCUGGGACCCUGCAGCCUCCCCUCCCCACCUCCUCCUGCAGCGUUGCUCCUGAGACAAGCCCUGUACCUUGGG